AUGUCUAGCGAACCAGCUAAGACUGUUGACCAAAUAAUUGCCAACGAAACAUUCUUUGGCGUUUACGGAACCUUUGAGGCAGCUAUUUCCGCUCUUGCUGAAACAAAACUCAACACAAAAGAAGCAACAUAUAUCCUUGAAGGUGCUAUGAAGCGUUACAAUCAACAACAAUGCUACGAAAUGUUCACCAAGAUGAAUGUCGAUUUCAGUGCAGAAUCUCCUGCCAAUUCAAAGCACUUUUUCGAAUUCCUUCAUUCAAUGAGCUCCGUUGUUCAGGCUAACUCAGUUGAUCCUCUUAUCAAUCACAUCCAAGGCCUCAACACAAAGUUAUUACAAGCCGAAGCAUCAAAUGAAGAUCUCAAGAAGCAAAUUGCUGCUCUUCAGACAAAGGUUCAUGCCUUAGAGACUGCUGCCAACCAGAAGGCAGAAGGUAUCAACCCAGCUGAAUACUUAGCUAAGCUUGAAGUUGUUCUUGCUCAAUCCGCCGAAUUCAAGAACGUCACAGCUGAAAAUGUUCAGCACUUGAACAGUUCUCUUUCCCAAUCCAUCAAGUACGGCAGAAGCUUCGCCCAAUACGAAGAGAUUGUUAAGAUUAUGGCUGCCAACGACUUCAAGGCUGCCUAUUCCUAUCUUAACAACCUUUCCAAGCGUGGUGAUGCCCAAUCCAUGGCUGCUGUCUGCAAACUCGGCCUCAGCGAAGUUGCAAACAACAAUAAUUUCACAGCUCUCUUAGGCGCAUGCCUCUCCGGCAAUGUCCGCCUUGUCAAGUCCCUCAUUGAAGGUGGCUGCAACAAGAAUGUCGUUGACAACUUCGGAAACAACGCAUUACUCAAUGCAGCUGGUAACGGCAAGACAGAAGUCAUCAGAUACCUCAUUACACAAGGAUUCGAUAAGAACUACAGAAAGGAAUCGAGUGGUUUCGAUUCAAUUCUACUUGCAUCUCAGGAAGGAUUUCUCGAAACUGUUCAAUUCUUAUCAUUGCUUGGCUGCGAUGUCAAUUCUAAGAACAAGGAUGGCGCAAACUGCGCUUACUUUGCUGCAAAGAAGGGACAUCUCGAAGUUCUCAAAUUCCUUCACCAGAAAGGUGCAGAUUUGAAGGUCAAGAACGUCAACGGAUGGUCAACAAUCAUCGAAGCUGCUGGCGCUAAUAGUGUUCCAGUCUUAGAAUUCCUUGUUUCCCAGGGAUGCAGCGUUGAUGACAAGGCAAACAACAAUACAACACCUCUCCACUACGCAGCUGAGAAGAGAAGUGUCCUCGCAGUCGAAUUCCUUAUCAAGAAUGGUGCUAAAGUUAACGAAAAGAAUAACGACGGUAAGACACCACUUGACAUCGCUAAGGAGAAGGCUGAGUCUGGUGAGAACUUCGCUAAGAUCCGUGACUUACUUACUGCUGCUGGAGCUCAAUAG